CCGUCCCGGAUGCCGUACUAAACCCGGACAGGAUGUGGCUUUGAAGUACGUUACCAAAAUGUGUUAGCUAAGAACAACGACUUGUAAGCAUCAUGACAAAAACAUGUUUCCCCAAGAAAAAAUAGCAUUUGUAUCAAAGUAGAGGAUCGUGGCGGGGAUGUGGCUACGUUAUGGGAAACGUUUUCGGGAGAAAGAGUCGCCCUUCUCGAGUUACAGAACAAGACCGAGCGAUUCUGCAACUGAAACAGCAGAGAGAUAAACUGAAGCACUACCAGAAGAGAGUCACCCUGCAGCUGGAGAAGGAGAGGAGUCUGGCCAAGCAGCUGCUGAAGGAUGGAAAGAAAGAGAAGGCACUGGUUCUUCUCAAGAAGAAGCGUUAUCAGGAUCAACUGCUAGACAAGACUGAGAAGCAGAUAUCAAACCUGGAACGCAUGGUUCAAGACAUUGAGUUUGUCCAGAUCGAGAUGAAAGUCAUUGAGGGGCUGAAGGUUGGAAAUGACUGUCUGAAGAGUAUGCAUGAGGCCAUGUCACUAGAGGACGUGGAGAGGAUCAUGGAUGAGACCCAGGAUGCUAUAGAAUACCAGAGGCAAAUAGAUGAGAUGCUGUCAGGCUCCCUGACUCAGGAGGAUGAGGAUGCUGUGUUAUCUGAGCUGGAGGCUAUCACUCAGGGUGAAGAUGUAGAACUUCCAGAGGUCCCCACUGAGCCUCUACCAGAGGUCCCAGAACCAGCUGAGACAGAGCCAGUAUACCACAGCUCUCUGCCUGGCUGGCUGGAGCCCAAGUCAGAUGUGGACUGGAUUCCACCCACAAGGCUUCGGCCCACACCGCUGCUGCCCUGAAGCCAGAACUACAGACCUCCUACUGCUGGUGACUAGCUGAUCAGGAACAGGAAGUCUGGUUCCCUGAAGCCAGAACUACAGACCUCCUACUGCUGGUGACUAGCUGAUCAGGAACAGGAAGUCUGGUUCACACACCUGUGAAAGGUAGUCUUCUAAUGUUGUGGACAUCUUCCUUCAUAAACUAUGCUGGCUCCUUGUAGAAUGGAUCAUCUCUCCAUGUGAAAACCUAGUAGCCAUAAGGGUGGGCGUGUUCCACACAGCAGUGUCCUCCACUGAAUACGUCACAUUAUGAGACAUCUAGGACACUUCAUGAAAACGUUCCCUGGUGUUAUUUUCCAGCAGCAACUGACCAUUUCAAUUAUACUUCCCCUGUGAGGAAAAGGGCUUGUGUCCUUCACCAGGCCCUUGUUCAGUUUCAUACAGUCUGAAUUGGUGUUACAUGACUUGUAGGAUUGGUAUGUGAGGCUAUUGAUUUUGUUUGGUAACAAAUAUUUCCAUGAUGAUGGUGAUUUAAAAAAAAAAGUAAUCAUCAUUCUUUGUUUUAAAUAUUUUUGUGAUGUUUCAUUUCACUAUAUCACCUGACGUGUAGAUGCAGUCAUACAGUCCCUGUAGAACGUCUACAGCCCCUUGGAUUUAUUCACAUUUCAAUGUGUUAAAGUGGGAUUAAAAAUUAUACUUUUUUGUUUUAUUUCAGCAAGCUACAC